AUGUUUUUGUGUGUGAAAACGAUAUCAUUCCAGACUUAUAAAACACCGUCUGUAUAUAGCUGUGAUAGUGAUGAAUGCCGAGCAUGCAGAUUGCUAAUCAACAACGCGUUUGCCACUGCAAGCGGCGACAGAGGAAGUCCCGAUCAACAAGUACAAGAUGCAGUUGUUUUAAAGAUAACUGUAUUUCAUGUCAGAGCAGUUUUGCAACAGUGUUUGAGGUUACAGAUCCGUGAAGCUGCCGAAAAUGCUACAACAACCAAAGAGCCACCUGCAUACUUAGAGGAAGUGAUCAAUUUGUUGACGCCGAAAGCGCGAAAACGAAGAAGUCGAAAAGAUAUGAAACAAAAGUGUGCGUGCCCUACUAAGAAAAACAUAAUUCAGCUGUCAUCAGGAAUAGGUCACCUUUUGUAGAA